AUGCAGCUGAGUUCGACAUCAAGGCCUGUGGUCAUUUUGUCACACGGAUUUCAGGUGAUGUGUGACACUAAGACCGACGGGGGAGGCUGGACGCUGAUCCAGAGAAGAUUUAACGGACACUUGCAUUUUUACCGGGGCUGGGAGCAAUACAAACACGGCUUUGGAGAUUUCGAAAACGGGGAGUUCUAUUUGGGCAACGAGAAAAUUCACGAGUUGGUCAUGUCCACGCCUCACGAACUUAGGGUCGAUUUCAAAUAUAACGGCACUGACUACUUUGCGAAAUACGCCUCGUUUAAAUUGUCCUCAGAGUCGGAUGGUUAUAGGCUAAAGGUCAAAGGUUACUCUGGGAAUGCUGGGAAUGCUCUGAAAAUGCAACAUGACAAUGAAAUGUUCAGCACGUUCGACAGGGACAACGACGCCCUAGACGGCGACAGCUGCGCCAGAAUCUACCGUGGAGCCUGGUGGUACGGCAAAUGUCAGGACUCCAACCUGAACGGUGUCUGGGGGAGUAAGGAGUUCGGCAAGGGCAUCACGUGGUGUCCGACAACGGGUUAUCGUGAGUCGGCUACCUUCACGGAGAUGAAAAUAAGACCCAGACGAUAG